AUGGCAACACAACCUGAAUUGGAGCAUACUAACAAAGCCUUUGGCUAUGCAGCUAGAGAUUCUUUCGGUGUUCUCUCACCUUUCAAUUUCUCUAGAAGAGAAACCGGUGAAAAAGAUGUGGCAUUCAAAGUAUUGUAUUGUGGCAUAUGUCACUCUGAUCUCCAUAUGGUGAAGAACGAAUGGGGCAUGUCCACAUAUCCACUCGUUCCUGGGCAUGAGAUUGCUGGUAUAGUGACAGAAGUGGGAAGCAAAGUAGACAAGUUCAAAGUUGGAGACAGAGUUGGAGUGGGAUGCUUAGUUGAUUCGUGUCGUACCUGCCAAAAUUGCGAGGAAAAUCUUGAGAAUUAUUGCCCCCGAUCUACACUCACAUAUGGUGCUAAACAUAGUGAUGGAACAAUCACACAUGGAGGCUACUCAGACUCAAUGGUUGCUGACGAACACUUUGUGAUUCGUAUUCCUGAUAGCUUACCACUUGAAGCUGCUGCACCACUCCUUUGUGCCGGAAUCACUGUGUAUAGUCCUCUUAGAUAUUUUGAACUCGAUAAACCCGGGCUUCAUGUAGGUAUUGUUGGACUUGGUGGUCUUGGUCACAUGGCUGUUAAGUAUGCCAAAGCAUUUGGUGCUAAUGUGACUGUAAUUAGUACAUCGCCUAACAAAGAAAAAGAAGCAAUAGAGCACUUGGGCGCUGAUUCAUUUCUGAUAAGCCGCGACCAAGAUAAAUUGCAGGCUGCAGUAGGUACUUUGGAUGGUAUCAUUGAUACAGUUUCAGCUAAUCAUCCAAUAGUGCCUCUAAUUGGAUUACUCAAGUCUCAUGGAAAACUUGUUAUGGUUGGUGCACCAGAAAAGCCUUUCGAGCUCCAGGUGUUUCCGUUACUUCAAGGGAGAAAGUUGAUUGCUGGAAGUGCGAUUGGAGGGUUGAAGGAGACUCAAGAGAUGAUUGAUUUUUCUGCUAAGCACAAUAUAAAACCAGAAAUCGAAGUCAUUCCAGUGGAUUACAUUAACACGGCAAUGGAGCGACUCCAUAAAGCAGAUGUCAAAUAUCGUUUUGUGAUUGACAUUGGAAACACCUUGAAACCAAGUUCUUAA